CUCAAGUGUCAGAAGUAGCGGAAAGUGGAGGACGCAAUGUCACCUGAGAAUACUGCAAGCUUGGUGACAAAAGCAGUCCACGUUUCAAACAUGUCCAAAACAGUUUGUCCUGCGCCUUGCAGUCUGAGAUUGAGCUCGUUGAGUUGCCCGGUGAUGUCCGCAAGAAAAAAAUGUUUCACAAUGCAAUUCUCGUCCUCCAGCUGCGGAUAUUGUUGUCCUUUCUCAGCCAGAAACACCUUGAUGGCAUCGAUGCAGCUGACAAAGCGCUCCAGAACUUUCCCGCAGCUCAGCCAUCUCACUGCCGAAUGGAGAGGAAGAUCUGCAUAUUCACUGUCCAUUUCCUCGAGCAGGGAUCGAAACUGUCUGUGUGUUAGUGCAGAUCGUUUGACGAGGAAGUUGAUCACCUUUGCCACCGUAGCCAUGACAUCAUUGAAAUCCGAAUUGGACAUUUUUGCACACAGGUUUUCCUGGUGAAUUAUGCAGUGGAGCUUCAUGACGGGGUGGCCAACUUUUUCUUCAAUUAGUUUGACGGCUCCCUUCUGCUUGCCAACCAUCGAAGGAGCACCGUCUGUAGUUACAGCAAACACCUUCCUCAUAUCAACUCCCCUCUCCACAAAAUGUUGCAUAAUCACUGUGGCUAUGUUGUCGCCUCUGGUUGUGUCCGGCAUGGGCUGUAAACAGCAGAGUUCCUCUCUCACGGUUGUAGUAUCACAGUAUCUUGCCAUGACAGCCAAUCGCGGGAUGUCAUUCACAUCAACACUCUCAUCUAGGGCUAGGCUAAAAACUCGAAAUGCCUCUUAAUGCUGGAAGUUCGGCACACAACGUUGUCAUAGCACACAGUGUACACACAGCACGAUCUUUGACAUACACAAAACCAUAGUUUUCCGUCCAGGAGGGCUGAAAUGCCCUAGCUUUGUUUUUUUUUAGCCGGAGGCUAUGUCAUCUCUUGUAACUAGGUAGGCUAACUGAUUUUAAAUAGGCUACAUGUAAACAUGGGUCUGUGGGAAAGUGGGCUAAGUGCAGAGCGUUGAGGAGUGAAAUUGAUUGGAAGACCUGAUUUUUAAUAUUUUUUAUUUAUUUAUUUUUAUUUUGCUGAUGCUGGUCCAGCGUGGCGCGUGCCAGUGAUUAUGCCUUGGCGUGCCAGCAGUGGCACGCGUGCCAUAGGUUGCCGACCCCUGUUCUAAACUGUCUCACUCCUUAACCCCCUUAUUCCCCUAUACUCUCCUAACCUUUUGUCCCUCACCCUUAUAUCUCACAUACCUCUCCUUUGUUUAACAUAAGUUGAUAGAGACACCUCCAAUGAUAACACCCCCCACAUACUUCUCUCUAAACUCCUACCCUUCUUCCCCCUGCAGUUUUCAAAUCAGUUCUACUGUAUGUAAAGUCCUACUGAAAUGUCUUAGUAAGAUAGUCUUACACAGACAGUAACAGACAGUAACAGACAGACAAGUCAGAUGGACUAGUCAGGCGGACACAGAGGGAGCAACAACCAACUAAGCUGUGCCCGUGUAGAUUUUCUGUCUGCACGAGAAUAAACUCAAGUCAUCUCAGAAGCCGUCUCCUGACUCCUGAAUCCGACUCCUGAAGCCCGAAUUUCUUGGUGCCGUGACCCGGAUGGCAUACUAAAACCUACUUGGUAAGUAAACACCAUUUUGAACAGAACAGGAAAUUUUGGCUGGAUAAAAUAGGAGUCAGUAAAUGUUAUCCUCUCUGAACUGAGAGAUGUUUGUUUGUUACUGCUAGAAGCUUAGCAUUAGUAACUGUUUUAUCUCUGAACUGAGAGAUGUUUGUUUGUUACUGCUAGAAGCUUAGCAUUAGUAACUGUUAUCCUCUCUGAAGUUAGAGACAUUUUGUUUUUAUUUUAAUGAGCAGUUUCUUGGUAACUGCUGUUAGUGUCUUUGUUUUGCUACAGUUUCAGAAAGUUUGGUUUUGUUCUCUUGUUUCCUCACCAUGUCUGCUAAAGGCAGAAACAUUAAUUCUCAAUGUUCUCUGCCUGUUGCCCCUACUCCAGGUCAGGAAAUUACUGGAAAUUCUCCAGUAACAGUCAGGCUGUAUCCUGAAUUGUCUGAGAGUGACCUCUCUGAUGGGUCAGAAUCUGUGUCAUCAGAUAAAGAUUCUGACCAUGCUACUGGUAAAACACACUUUCCAAUCUGUUCCAAAAUGAGACCUAACUGUUGUAUCCUCUGAGGUACGUAAAAGGAGAAAUGCAGGUGGUGAAACCAGACUAGAAAUUGGGCACAUUCCUUUAGAUGCAGCAACUUUGGACACAAUAUCAAAAGAGUUUAAACCUCCAAGGGAAAUGGGGCUCGACUUCAUUGACCUCAUGCAUAAGAAAAGGAAUUUGUACUCACUACAUGCAAAUGACGCAGUAGCCAUUGCUAGCCAAGUUCUUAACAUCACAGAUGGUAGAGAACUUGCUAAAAUGUGUUGAAUGCUUUGGGUGACAAAGGCCAGAACCUUGACAAAGGGUUGGAAGCUUUUGAUGACUGGAUUAAAUGUAAAUGCCGUAAAACAACUGAUUGGGCGCAGAUUACCAACUGCAGACAUAGAAAGGGAGAGUCUGCAGCAGACUUCUGUGAGAGGUUUGAAAGAGUUUUUCUGCGUCAUUCAGGUAUUAGCCAAUACAGUGCUGAUAACAUCAACAAUACAACUGAUGGUCCCCAUUUUAGACAGCUGGUUGAGUCACUACAAACAGAUCUUAGACAAGCUCUGGUGACUGCUGUUCCAAAUUGGAGGAAAACUAAAUGGGUUCUUAAAAAUGAACUGGAUCGUUUGGAUGUGGAUCUUGAACCAAUCCAAUGUUCCUGCAUCUAUACACAUCCUCACAGAGAUGUGAGAUCAUAGAUCAAACAUUCUCUAAUCAGAAAAAAGAGUGCCACUACUGCCAUAGAAUUGGUCACUUUUCUCGAGUUUGUCGUAAAAAGCAGGCAGAUAGACGCAAAAUGGAUGCCAGUUCUAGAGGCAGCACAAUGGAAAAUUCUUUUGGUCAGCUCUGACAAGGCAGCCCAGCUGGGAUUUCACAGGAACAGAUACCAUUGAUAAUCAAGACUUUACAGGGUGUCACAGGGAUUUCAACAGUUUCUCCUGCUUUGGUUUAAGCUAAUUUGUCCUGCUACUUAAGCUCAUAUUUGUGCUAUAAGUUUUUAAGAACUGGUUUUCGAUGGUUUCAAAUUACAAAGUAGAAUUUUAGGUGUCUUAUGAACACAAGCUAAAUUUACCAUUCAGGUUGAGUUUAUCAUAAGCUAAGCAGCAUGUUAGCAACUCCUUAAUGAUGAGAUUUGAGUGCACUUUUUGAACUGUUUUUGUCUUAUUCUAGCAAUGGACUUGAGGUCAGUCCUCAUUUUUAUGUUGUGCUGGUGUACAACAUUUGUAAAUGUGCCAGGCACAUUUAAAUAUAUAUGAUACUGUCGGUCUUGCAUUGUUUUUUUAUGCAAAACAAAAAAGUUAAAACAACUACACGAUCAAUUUAAAAUUGUUAUACACUGAAUAAACCACUAUAUGAUCAAUUUAAGGUUUAUUCUUUUCAGUUACAACCUGUAGUUUGAGUUUCUGAUCUGUGGAACUCUCAGUAUGGCUGAACUGAUGUGUCAAAAGUGAUCCCAGCUUUGCCAUCAGCUGCCGGUGCUUAGAGGGAGCAAAAAUUAGCUCUGCUCCCCCUGGGGUGGGUAGAUGGUGCUCUCUCCCCAUCACACUUAAAGUGGCGCUGGGCGGCACAAGGCGUCUGUGAGCGGAUGAAUCGGAACCUAGCUGCUGUGCUUUCCUCCGAGCGCGCUAGCUGCUCAGGCAAUGAUUCAUCAGCAGCAGCUCGAAAAAAGGGGCAACUGACUUCACACGUGUCGGAGGAGGCGUGUGCUCGUCCGCAUCCUCCAAGGGUCACUGGCAUCACCGGUGAUGGGGACCCACAAUGGUCCAAGGGCACAAUUGGAUAUCCAAAAUUGGGAGAAAAAUAGAAAGAAAAAAAAAAGUGAUCCAAAUGGCUUCUGGAUCUAAGCUAACGCUAGCUCUACAAGCACAAAUUGGUCAAAGUAGGAUUAUACAAAUAGUUUUCUCACCUGUGGUGAGAUGAAAACUUGGACAACUAACGAGAUUAGAGUAAAUGUCUUGUUAUUUCUGGCCAAUGGGUCAUGGUGUGGAAACAUGAAACAAUCUAUUUAGAUGAGAAUGUAAGAGGAGAGGUGGCUAAUGCACAGAGCCUCUGGGAAGAACUAUGGUUUUUAUGCCAUGGUGGCUACCCCAGCUGGUGAAGACUUUUCAACACACUGUGUAUUAUCAUAGCAGCCUCUUCUGAGGGACAGAUAGUGGAAAUAAGCAGAUAAAGUACAAAAAAACACAUCAACAUCAAUGAACAAUUUACUGCUCAGUGUUUCCUCUGUUACAGAUCAGAUGGAGCCUGACAGUGCUCCAGUCAAUCCAGCAUGGCGAGAACAAUUUGUGACGUGUCGGACACAAGUCUCAACAGUUUAAGGACAUCUGAAGUUCAAAGUGGACUUCCCAGAUGACCUGCUAUUGGCCAACAUUGAAGCAAACGCCAUGAACAUCCACACACACACACACACACUGUGGCUGCUCACAAGUUGAAGUGGCGAUGUAAGAGGAGACAUCACCACAUGGAAGCAAGCCUCUUGGAAAACCAUGGACAACUACUGGAACUUUCUUCUUUUGUCUUCAGGAACAUUUUUAGGACCAAGUAACAGCCAUAAACAGCUCAAUACUUGGUUACUUUAACUUUUCUGACAUUUAUGGUACAGUCACAGUUGUAUAGUUACAGCCCCUUAAAUUGUUUAUACAUAUGACAAUUUAUUGUACAUAGUUUUGUGAUUCUCCAUGUAGAGAGAAUCAGAGGGAGCAAUGAGAGAUUCCGUCAACAACAAAUUGUACAUUUAUUAAUUUUCAACAUUGAGAGAUUCUGUGAAUAGCAAAUGGUGCUUUUCUUAGGUUCUCAACUGUCUCACUCCCUAACCCUCCAUUCCCCUUAACACUGAUAACAUUGCUGAAGGGAGUUGAUGUUCAUCUGUCUCUGCCUCUUCAAGUCAUUUAUAUGAUAAUUUGAAAUCCCAACCAAGGUGACGGCCAUCUGAUGACCAUCAACCCCCAAUGAUAACACCCUCCACAUACUCCUCAAUAAAACCCUUACCCUUUCUCCCCCUGCUGUAUUCAAAGCAGUUUCUACUGUAUGUAAAGUCCUACUGAAAUGUCUUAGUCAGACAGACAGCAACAGACAGACAAGUUAGAUGGACUAGUCAGACAUACACAGAGGGAGCAACAACCAACUAAGCUGUGCCCGUGUAGAUUUUCUGUCUGCACGAGAAUAAACUCAAGUCAUCUCAGAAGCCGUCUCCUGACUGCUGAUUCCUGAAGGCAGAAUUUCUAACACCGUCAAGAAAGUGUUGCAAGAUGUCUGACAGUCACUUCACUUUGUCAUUUGUACAUCGUGUGCUGGACGUGAGAAGAGCCACCACAUACUUCGCUUUUUGCUAUCCUUUUUCAUACACUGAUUGCCAAGACAUGCUUCUGCAGGUAGACCAGAGACUUCUCAGCAACACUUAUGCACUGGGGCCCUGCAGUCCAGCAGACAGUCUGUAUUAUCACCGUGAGUUGCUGUGUAACUCCCUGGAUGGAAGGAGAGUGGACCUGCUGACUGUGACCUCCUGCCAUGGCAUGCUGGAGGAGAGAGAGCCUAGACUGGACAAGCUUUUCCCUGACCACAGCACACCAAGGCCACACUGCUUUGCUGGCAAACGGGUUUUUUUCCUCACCAGUAGGGUGCACCCUGGUGAGACGCCAUCCAGCUUUGUGUUCAAUGGUUUCCUGCACUUCAUUCUGAAUCAGGAAGAUCCUCGUGCCCUGGCACUGCGCAAAAUGUUUGUUUUUAAGCUUAUUCCAAUGCUCAACCCUGACGGAGUCAGCAGAGGUCACUAUAGGACGGACUCUCAGGGUGUGAAUCUGAACCGGCAGUAUGUCAGCCCAAGCGCAGAGUUGCAUCCUUCUAUUUAUGGAGCUAAAUCUCUCCUUCUGUACCAUCACCAGCACAAUCGUCUCAACCCGAGUGCUCCUUCAGCCCUCAAAACCUCCAACCAGUCAAACACCUCUCUCCCACCCCUGACCACAACCUGUGAACUAGAGCACUACCUUAAUUGUCGUAACGAGGCAGAGUGGAUGGAGGGUCCAACCCUUGACUUGUUGGAAAUACCCAUGCAAAUGGAGGACACCUGGGAGAAGUCUGGAGUUGAAGGAGGGGUGGGGCCCUGUGAUGAGAAUAAAGCUGUACCAUGCUGUUGUGAAGCUCCUUGUUUUAACUCCAACCUCACAGAGAAAAUCACACCACAGGAGAGUGGAGUGGCCUAUUACAUCGACCUACACGGGCAUGCAUCCAAAAGAGGAUGCUUUAUGUAUGGGAACAACUUAAGUGAUGUAAAUCAGCAGGUGGAAAACAUGAUGUACCCAAAACUGAUCUCUUUAAACUGUGCCCAUUUCGACUUCCUUGGCUGUAAUUUUUCAGAGAAGAACAUGUAUGCACGGGACAGGCGUGAUGGUCAGUCUAAAGAGGGCAGUGGACGUGUAGCCAUUCACAAAGCCAUCGGCCUGAUUCACAGUUACACAUUGGAAUGUAACUAUAAUACUGGCCACUCAGUCAACACCAUCCCUCCUGCCUGCCACGACAACGGCCGAGCUACUCCACCUCCUCCUCCUGCCUUCCCUCCAAAAUACACACCAGAGGUAUAUGAACAGGUGGGGCGUGCAGUUGCUAUAGCAGCACUAGACAUGGCCGAGUGCAACCCUUGGCCACGGCUGGUCCUCUCUGAGCACAAGAACUUGAUGAAUCUGCGUGCCCGCAUGCUUAAACAUGUGCGUAACAGCAAGGGCUUCAGCACAAGGAUUCGUAAAAAUAUCAACAAGUCCUCCAGCACCCCUAAACCAUCUGGUAUGAGCAAUUCUGUUCCGGGGAAUUGUCUGGGUCGGAGCCGCAGCAAUAGCAGUGGUAACUGCACUGUUGCUGGGAGCCUGCAGAAAUCACCACAACUGAAAAGUUCACCCAGCUUCACAUUCGGAUGGAGCAACUCUGUAAACACCCCACUCACUCACAGGCCUACCUACAAAACACUGGGACCUGUCCGAGGCGAUACCUUUUCUAGAUGUCUUUCUGUAGAGUGCAAAGCACUGGAGAAGAGACUGUCACCAGGAAACAGCCAGGUCACUCCAUCUCACACCGCUCUCUAUCCUUCCUCCUCCUCCUCAUCUUCUUCCUCCUCAUUCUCCUUGUCCCCCACAUCCAGCUCGUUGAGGUGUGUUGCAGACACCAAUGCUCCAGGCAGUUCUGUCAGUACAGCAGGUCUGUACUCGCUACAGCCUCCCAGCCUGGCCCAACUGCUUCCCUCCCCGCAGGCCAUGCCCCAUAAUGGCCUGCCCACUGAGCCACUGCAUGAAUAUUCCAGACACCAUGCCACACAGAAAGGCCCACCACAAGCCACACAGCCACAGCAAGAAUGACUGUGCAUUCUCUAUUUAUGUGAUUGUGUUAUGUACAUGUGCGCAUUAGAGAGAAUCAGAGAGAACAAGGGAGGCUGACAUGGCAAACAAGUAGUAAUUUGGUGUUGGGGUUGCAGGUGGGUGUUUUAUUUUAAUUUGUAUGACUGUUAAUAUUUUUUUAUUGUUUUUAAUUUAAUUUAAAUGUAUCUGACUGAAAGGGCAGAAAGAGUCACUGGCAUUAAAUGCCAAAUGAACACCAUUUUAUUUUCACUCACUACAGUAGUGGUUUUGAUUAUUUAGCCUUAUUGCACUUUGACCAUGUUAUUAUAGAAUGGAAUUUACACUUAACACCUAUGACUGAAUUUACUGGGAACAAGAAAGAGUUGUUGUGUGUGUGCAUCUAUUUCUGUGUGCCAUUUUUGUUCAGAUACUUUUUUCUGCCUUUUUGCACUUUUGUCUUUUUUUUUGUUGUACUUCUGUCUUAGCUCUGUACUGAACAAAAAAUAACAUUGAUAGACCUAUUCAUAUAGAAAUACAUGAGUAAAAUCCUCUGUAAACUUGCUCUGUAUAUCCUCUGUAAACUUUUUUUUGACACCCUCUUGUCACCUGUCUGAAUACUGGAGAAGACAAAUGAAGCCACAUUUUGUAGUGACAUCACUGUGGCCAGACCCACUGAGCAUACAAGCACAUCUGUGUAAUUAAUAAUUUAUUACUUAAUGUAUUUAUUACAUUUUGUAAAACACUGUGUAGAAAUAAUAAAAUAUGAAACAAAAAAACUUUCAUGAUUGUAGAACAUAAAAUAAAUCGCUUAUGGGCAAAUAAUAAAGUGAUGAAUAAAAUAACAAAUGAAUAACACACAAGGCUUCCAAUUUUAGAAAUGCAAUGUUUUUUUGCAAGCACUGUCAUUGGCUCAUCAGUUUAUUAAAGAAAAUAGACCAGCGGCCCCAUUUCCCCAAAUCUGGAAUCAGCAUAUUUUUAUUUCACAAUUAUUUGGUAUUUUCUGUUGCUCAAUCACAUAAAAUCCCAAUAAAAUACAUUUAAGUUUGUGGGUGUAACAUGGCAAAAUGUGGAAAAGUUCAAGGGUUAUGAUUACUUUUUCAUGGUACUGUAUAUAUAUAUAUAUUUUGUUUAGAUGGAUUUUUGUCUUGUUUUGUAAAACUGUAUGUUUGGAGUGCUUGUUCUGCUAAAAAUUUGGCAUUCUUUUGGAGCUGCUGCUUGUUGCUUGAAAUGUUUUUUUUUUUUUUGCAUAAAUCUGAUUGAACCCAACAGACCAUGGAAAUUGUAAUUCUGUAUUUGUUGUCAUGCCAAUUGUGGUGACCUAAAUUGGUUUUCUCAAUCACCAGGAUUUUAAAACAAAUGUUCAUGUCUCCUCUGAAUGUCUGUGUAUUUUAAGGUGUUUAUUGAGUCAAAGUUUCAACUUUGGCUAAAAGUUAACAAGACUUCCCCUGCUACAGGACUGUGAACCACUACACAUGGAAUAUAAAUAGACAAGGAAUCUGGUUAGACCACUCAUUAGAGCCUAACAGAGCACAUAAUAUUGUACUUUGGUAACUAAAACAGCCCAUAACAUGCCACUAACUGUCAAUGAAUACAUCUGUUUUAACAAAUCUGACAUAAUGUGCCUGACAAAAACUUAUGUCCAACUUCACCAAGCCAUUUUGGAUGAUUUUUUGGUAAUUUUGGUAAUUUUUUGGUAAAACGUAUUUGCCAGUGGCCUGUUUAAAU